AAGCAUUAAGGGCUGUACCGGUCUUUCCUUUAAUUUGUCAACCAUCUGUAUGUAUCAGCUCUUUCAUAAAAACAGAAGUAGAAUAUGCAGAAUAUAUGUGGCAAAGACGAGACAUGAUAAAAUGAAAAGCGACACGAGAACAGGACAUUGAAAGAAAUAACUAACACCACAAGAUGGCAGUAAACCAACAACCAAGACGUGAGUUGCCACAUAGCCUCAGUGAAGAAGAAGCAGACUUCCUACUCCAGAGGGAUGUACGUCCGGUGUCACUCUGCACAUGUGGUAAACAUACAUAUGUGUCCCCCGGAGUGCAAGCAUGGACUUUUCAACGAAGUGGAGUAAUUUGCCGAAAGGUCCGAGUUUAAAGAAUCUGACAGAAGGAGGAUUUGGUGUCCUGAAGGAGGAUCAACAUGCUGCAAUUCAGGAUCUGACAAAAGCUCACAUCGAGUCGUUUGACCAGGCUGUCACUGACGGACUCAGUCGCGUCGUGCAGGCAAUCCCUCCUUUGGAGUUCACGUUCAAAAAUGACAGGAUUAGCCUCGCGUUCGUUGAGGCUACAAUCUACAAACCUGCGGUUGCCAAAGGAAGCAUCUGCAGGGAAAUGAGGGUGUUUCCAGCAGAGUGCCGAGGAAGAAGAUGCUCUUACAAAGGCAAGAUUGUGGCAGAUGUCAGCUGGUCAAUCAAUGGUGUCCCCAAAGGCAUCAUUAAACAGUCGCUGGGUCAGGUGCCAAUUAUGGUGAAAUCCAAGCUGUGUAACCUUCAUGGCAUGUCCCCCAAAGAGCUUGUGGAACACCAUGAAGAAGCAGAGGAAAUGGGAGGUUAUUUUGUUGUGAAUGGCAUUGAGAAGGUUAUCCGUAUGCUGAUUAUGCCGAGGAGGAACUAUCCAAUUGCCAUGUCAAGACCAAAGUGGAAGAGCAGGGGCCAGGGAUACACACAGUAUGGUAUUUCCAUGCGCUGCGUGAAGGAUGAGCACACAGCCAUCAACAUGAAUCUGCAUUAUCUGGAAAACGGGACUGUGAUGCUCAACUUCAUCUACCAGAAAGAGCUCUUCUUCCUCCCACUAGGCUUUGCACUUAAGGCCCUGGUGGACUUCACAGACUUCCAGAUCUACCAGGAGCUCAUUAAAGGCCGUGAGGACAAUUCCUUCUACAAGAGCUGUGUAUCAGAGAUGCUGCGCAUUGUCAUGGAGGAGAACUGCACCACCCGCAGCAAGGUGCUCAAUUACCUUGGAGAGCGCUUCCGGGUUAAGAUGAGCCUUCCUGACUGGUAUACAAACGAGCAGUGUGCCAACUUCCUGCUAGAUGAGUGUAUCUGCAUCCACCUGAAGUCAGGCGUGGAGAAGUUCUACCUGUUGUGUUUGAUGACCAGGAAGCUUUUCACAUAUGCCAAGCAGGAGUGCAUGGAGGAAAACCCUGACAGCAUUAUGUGUCAGGAAGUGCUCACUCCUGGUCAGCUCUACCUCAUGUUUCUGAAGGAGAGAAUGGCUGCCUGGUUGGUGUCUGUGAAGUUGUCCUUUGACAAGAGAGGCAGCAGACUGAGUGGGUGGAGCGCUGAAAACGUGAUGAAGAUCUUUAACAUGGGCACUGAUCUGACCAAGCCUUUUGAAUAUCUGCUGGCCACUGGGAACCUCAACUCCAGGACAGGUCUCGGCAUGCUGCAGAACACAGGCCUGUGUGUGGUAGCUGACAAGCUCAACUUCAUCCGCUACCUGUCCCAUUUCCGCUGUGUGCACAGAGGAGCAGCUUUUGCCAAGAUGAGGACCACUUCAGUUCGUAAGCUGCUACCCGAGUCCUGGGGCUUCCUGUGUCCUGUCCACACUCCAGACGGAGAGCCUUGCGGCCUCAUGAACCACAUGACAGCCAGCUGUGAGAUUGUGGCUCCGACCUUGCCCACCACAUCACUGCCUGCUCUACUCUGUUCCCUUGGUGUUACUCCAGUGGAUGGAUCUCCUGGCCAAGCCUUUUCAGACUGCUACCCUGUGGUCCUGGAUGGGGCUGUUGUAGGCUGGGUGGAGACUGAAUUAGCCCCCGUUGUGGUUGACUCUCUGCGCAGGUUCAAGGUGCUGAGAGAGAAGAAGAUCCCUCCAUGGACUGAGAUUGUUCUGGUCCCCAAAACGGGCAAAGCCAGCUUGUACCCAGGCCUGUUCCUCUUCACAACACCCUGUCGCAUGGUGCGGCCUGUACGCAAUUUAGCUCAUGGAAAGCAGGAGUUGAUUGGCACCUUUGAGCAGCUUUACAUCAAUGUGGGCAUCUUGGAGGAUGAGAUCGAGCAAGGUGUGACGACACACCAGGAGCUCUUCCCUCACAGUAUGCUCAGUGUGGUGGCCAACUUCAUUCCCUACUCGGAUCAUAAUCAGAGUCCUAGGAAUAUGUACCAGUGUCAGAUGGGUAAGCAGACUAUGGGUUUCCCCCUGCACUCAUUCACGGAUCGCUCAGAUAACAAGCUGUACCGGCUCCAGACGCCACAGAGCCCACUGGUCAGACCCUACAUGUACGACCAUUACAACCUGGACAACUACCCCAGCGGCACCAACGCCAUCGUGGCGGUCAUAUCCUACACGGGCUACGACAUGGAAGAUGCAAUGAUCGUGAACAAGUCAUCGUGGGAGAGAGGCUUUGCUCAUGGAUCUAUCUAUAAGACUGAGCUGGUGGACCUGGCUGACAAGGUGAGGGGAGAUGACAGCGUGGUCUUUGGGACCAAGCCGGGCGACCCUAAGGUGAAUGAAAAACUGGAUGCUGACGGACUGCCUCACAUUGGAUCAACACUUAAGUAUGGAGACCCCUUCUACAGCUAUAUCAACCUCAAUACUGGCCAGACCUUCAUCACCUUCUACAAGAGCCAAGAGGCUUGUGUCAUUGACAACAUAAAGAUCUGCAGCAACGACACUGGCUCAGGCCGUUUUAAACGUGUCUGCAUCACUGUGCGAGUGCCACGAAACCCCACCAUUGGUGACAAGUUUGCCAGCCGCCACGGCCAGAAGGGCAUCCUGAGCCGCCUGUGGCCAGCAGAGGACAUGCCUUUCACAGAGAGCGGCAUGACUCCAGACAUCCUGUUCAACCCCCACGGCUUCCCCUCCCGCAUGACCAUUGGGAUGUUGAUUGAGAGCAUGGCGGGCAAGUCCGGUGCCCUGCACGGCCUGAGCCACGACGCCACACCCUUCACCUUCUCUGAGGAGAGCUCUGCGCUCGAGUACUUUGGUAAAAUGCUUCGGGCUGGUGGCUACAACUACUACGGCACGGAGCGGCUCUACAGUGGACUGAGUGGCCUGGAGCUUGAGGCGGAUAUCUUCAUAGGCGUCGUCUACUACCAGCGGCUACGUCACAUGGUCUCCGACAAGUUCCAGGUGAGGACCACAGGAGCGCGAGACAAGGUGACCAACCAGCCAGUGGGAGGGAGGAACAUCCAGGGAGGCAUCCGUUUCGGGGAGAUGGAGCGAGACGCCCUGCUGGCCCACGGCUCUUCAUUCCUGCUUCACGAUCGCCUCUUCAACUGCUCGGACCGCUCAGUGGCUCAGGUGUGUGUUGACUGUGGCAGCCUGCUCUCUCCUCUUUUAGAGAAACCACCACCAUACUGGUCGGCCAUGCGCCAUCGCAAGACUGUCUGCACCCUGUGUGGCAAAAGUGACUCUAUUGACUCUGUGUCUGUUCCUUAUGUUUUCCGCUACUUUGUAGCUGAGCUUGCAGCCAUGAACAUCAAAGUCAAAUUAGAUGUUAAGUGAAUUUUGCAGGACAAUGAAAAAGAAACAUGCCUUGAAAGUGACAAAUGAGGUCUCAGGAGAAAGUGUCUUCGUUUUAUGAAAGGACUUUUCACAUGUGUUUUGUUAAAAUGGGUCUUCACAUCCAGUAAAGUUGAUAGAAUUAAUCAUGCUACAGAAAGACAAAUAAAGUGUAAAGCAAUGAUGUGUUGCAAAAUAGCCAAGUGCCUGAAAAGUUUAUCUCCUUUGUUGCAGGUGUUUUUAUUAGCCAAGACUUUGAGAAAAUGGCCAAGUAUACAAGCAUAUGAUGGAAUAAAUGUUGACAUCUGUUAAGUUGUGUAAAGAUAACCCAAAGGUCUUUUUGUACAGUCAUUCUGAGUGUUGAAUAAAAAUGUGCUGCAUCA